AUGCAAAGAUCAUUUCCAACCUAAUCCCUACCUAUUAUUAACAGAAAAAGUAAAAUUAGUGAAUUAGAAGAGAAUUUAUUCUCCAAGUUGGAUAACCUCUUUAUUGAUUAACCAAAAAAAGAAUAAGUUUAAACAACACAACCAAAAGUUGAUUUACUUGAAUAGGCAAAACAAAGAAUUUAAUAAAAGAAAGAAGCCAACCCAUCUUUUUUUGAAGAGGGAAGGAAGAAAUUGGCUGCAUAGAGAAAAAAGGAAACUUUUUUAAUUACAGCAGUUAAUUCUAUCCCAUAAAAAUAAUAAUACAAAAAAUCGAGUCAAAAAUAAGAGCAUUAUAAGGAAGAAACUGAUUGCACUAAUAUGCUUAAAGAUUUAAUUGCUCAAGAAGAAAGACCUUAUGAUGAUUUAGCUGAAUUAAGAAGGAUGAUUGCCUAAACUGAAUAAUGCAUGGUCGAAUAUGUGGAUGACAUGCAUAAGUUAAAUAAAAAUGUAGUAAAAUAUAACAAUGAAGCAAGAAAAAUAGGAAUGGGAGUCGAUGCUUAAUUGUUUGACUUUGUAGAUCACAAAUGCAACAAAUAUUUGACCAAGUCUAAGACUACUGCGAUUAUUAAAGGUAAAAAAUAUUGA